UGCUGGACAUCUGUGCGGCGUUGAAGGACCCCAAGGCCUCGGCCCAACUCUUCGUCGGGAUCGUUUGCUAUUCAACACUCAACUAUCACGGCUACUGGAGGUCCAAUGGUUGAGAUCGAGUCGUGAGCUCAGGAGGCAGCUGUCAAAUAGCGGAUUAUUUUUUGGAUUAAGUGUAAACAGGAGAGCCGUGAAAGUAGCGCGCGACCCGGCGGCUCAUCCACUCAUCACCCGAGCGGCGGGAAGCGGGCUUUUCUGAAAUGUUCGCCUGGAGGGAGGAGAGCCCCGGCGGCAGGCCCCAGGAUACUCGACCAUAAGGGUUAAAAGCUAGCCGAGUUAGCCGAUACAUUUCAACUGUUUUUAUACGUGCCUCGCAGCGGAUCUCUUUUACUUUGCUUCGCGUCCGUGGUCGCCCACACUUUGUUGUUGUUCAGGGGAAACACCUUUCGUUCGGGGGAACAGUUAUUUCGUUCCUGGGAAACUUGGUCAAAGUUGUUUAUUUUCCGUUACUGAAUCGUUAAUGCACUAAACAGCAGACUUCAGCCGCCCUCGGAGUGUCUUUAAACGCAGUAUUUGACUUCCUCUUUGUACACAUUUCAGUUUCUCGUGCCGUUUACGCGACUCUGACAGUCACUCUGUCGUUGUUAUUGUUUCGCCGCGACCUGAGGACUGACCACAAAGCGUCCCGAUGGAGGAAAAUGACAACAUGGACUAUUUUUACCAGCAGGUUUUGCAGAAGGACGUGACCCGGCGGCUGCAGGUCGGCCCGGAUCUCAUAGACUACCUGAGCGACCCGCAGAGGUCCUGGGAUGUGGAGCAGGACAAACCCCGCCUGGACAAAACCAUAGAUGAGCUGACGGGAUGGGUCAACUCCAGCAAUUACAAGGUUGCAUUGCUGGGGAUCGAUAUCGUCAGCGCAUUUGUGGACCGGUUGACAGAACGCUUCAGAAGUUAUAUCAUCACAGUGGUGCCUGCAUUAGUUGACCGUUUGGGUGAUGCGAAGGAUCAGGUUCGAGAACAGGCACAAGCACUCAUUUUGAAGCUGAUGGAGCAGACGGCAACACCCAUGUAUGUUUGGGAGAGGCUGUUUUCUGGCUUCAAACACAAAAACUUCCGCAGUAGAGAGGGACUCUGCUUGUGCUUGGUUGCCACUCUAAAUGCUUACGGUGCUCAGCCCUUAAGUUUGAGUAAAUUUGUUCCACAUCUCUGUUCGCUAACAGGAGACCAAAACCCCCAGGUACGGGAGGCAGCUAUGACAAGCCUAGUGGAGGUGUAUCGGCAUGUAGGAGAGAAAGUGAGAAUAGACCUCAACAAAAGAGAUCUACCAUCUGCACGGUUACAGAACAUUUUGAGCCGUUUUGAUGAAGUACUGAAUUCAGGGAACAUGGCUCUCAGCCUGAGUCAAGAUCGUAGUUUUGACGAUGAUGACUCUGUGGAUGGAAGCAGGCCGUCAUCGGCUCAGGCACCGUUUAAAGUGCCCAAAGUACCCAAGAAACCUGGAGACUCUGCCAGCAGUUCCAGACGACCCAGUGCCACUGGAGCUGCCAAGACAGGUGUCUCUAAGGAGGGGGCAGGAGCUGUGGAUGAGGAGGAUUUCAUCAAAGCAUUCACAGACGUCCCCACGGUUCAGAUCUACUCCACACGAGACCUGGAGGAUAAUCUGAACAAGAUCCGUGAGGUGCUGUCUGAUGAUAAACACGACUGGGACCAUAGAACAAGCGCGCUAAAGAAAAUCCGAUCUCUGCUGGUUGCCGGGGCAGCAGACUAUGAUUGUUUCUACCAGCACCUGCGUCUAUUGGAUGGCGCAUUUAAGCUGUCGGCAAAAGACCUGCGUUCUCAGGUGGUGCGGGAGGCUUGCAUCACAGUGGCGCAUCUUUCCACACUAUUAGGGAAUAAGUUUGAUCAUGGUGCAGAGGCCAUUGUUCCAGUGCUCUUCAAUCUUAUCCCUAACUGUGCCAAGGUGAUGUCCACAUCUGGCACAGCAGCCAUACGCAUCAUCAUACGGCACACUCAUGUUCCACGUCUAAUUCCUCUCAUCACUAGUAACUGCACGUCAAAGUCUGUAGCCGUCCGGAGGCGCUGUUAUGACUUCUUGGAUCUUCUGCUGCAGGAAUGGCAGACUCACUCUCUGGAGAGGCAUGUGGCUGUGUUGAUAGACAGUAUUAAGAAGGGAAUCAAAGAUGCAGACUCAGAGGCUCGAGUGGAGGCCAGGAAGGCAUACUGGGGGUUGCGGGCUCAUUUCCCUGGGGAGGCGGAGUCUCUGUAUAACUCAUUAGAAUCGUCCUAUCAGAAGACACUUCAGUCGUAUCUAAAGAGCUCGGGCAGUGUGGCGUCCCUGCCACAGUCGGAUCGCUCGUCCUCCAGUUCGCAAGAAAGCCUUAAUCGGCCGCUGUCAAAGUUGCAUACACAUUUUGUUGGUGUGUUUGUUAUUUUAGUGCCUGCCGGUUCAAAAUCAUCAGGAUCUCCAGGCUCUUUGCAGCGUUCCCGCAGCGAUGUGGAUGUCAACGCAGCCGCCGUUGCUAAAGCCAGACAUGGUGGACAGGCUGGAGUGGCCGGCCGAGUCACGACAGGCCUGGCCCCUGGAUCAUAUGCAUCUCUCGAUGAUGCCUCUGAUAAGGAUGGGCGACUACGGACUAAGCAGACUUUAUCAACUGCAUCUAGUGUAGGGAGCAGUCAGGUCGACUCAAGAGGGCGGACCAGAUCAAAAAUGGCAUCUCAGUCACAACGUUCCGACGAUUCUGAUUGCACGCCAGGAUCACAGUCUGCUACCCCUGUUGGUGCGGGUUCUCGCUCAGGUUCCCCAGGCCGGGUUUUGACCAGCACAGCUCUGAGCACACUCAGUACAGGAGCUCAGCGUGUGAGCGCAGCACCAGGCUCCCACCGCCGAAGCCGGAUCCCACGCAGUCAAGGCUGCAGUCGAGACUCCAGCCCCACGCGCCUGUCUGUUGCUCCUUCAAACAUCAGCCACAUCUACAAUGGAUCAAAAGGAGCAAGGGGUAGUCGUAUACCACGACCUAGUGUGAGUCAGGGCUGCAGUCGUGAGGCCAGCCGAGAGAGCAGCAGAGACACCAGCCCUGUGCGCUCCUUCACGCCGCUCGCAUCCCGGCAUUAUUCGCGCUCAACUGGUGCUCUUCAUGCCCCAGAUGCCUUUGGGGCAGCAGGUUCUGGGUUGGGUAUGUCUCAGUCCAGUCGUCUCUCAUCUUCAGUUAGUGCCAUGAGAGUGCUGAACACUGGAUCAGACGUGGAGGAAGCCCUGGCAGAUGCUCUGCUAUUAGGAGAUAUGCGGGGCAAGGUUAAAAAACCAGCUAGGCGGCGGUAUGACACCUAUGGGAUGUACUCGGAUGAUGAUGCAAAUAGCGAUGCCUCCAGUGCGUGUUCAGAGCGUUCGUACAGCUCCCGGAAUGGCAGUAUUCCAACAUAUAUGCGGCAGACUGAAGAUGUGGCUGAAGUGCUUAAUCGCUGUGCCUCUGCCAACUGGUCUGAGAGAAAAGAAGGGCUGAUGGGAUUGCAGGCGUUGCUGAAAAACCAGCGAACGCUCAGCCGUGUUGAGCUGAAGAGGCUGUGUGAAAUUUUUACUAGGAUGUUUGCAGACCCACAUAGCAAGCGUGAUUCCAGAGGCUUCGGCACGGCAGAAUCCGGUAUCAGUUCUGCCUCUUUUAAGAGAGUGUUCAGCAUGUUUUUGGAGACACUGGUGGACUUCAUUGCAGUUCAUAAGGAGGAUCUGCAGGACUGGCUCUUUGUGCUGCUCACACAACUGCUGAAGAAAAUGGGAGCGGAUCUGCUCGGCUCAGUACAAGCCAAAGUACAGAAAGCCCUAGACGUCACAAGAGAAUCUUUUCCGAAUGAUCUGCAGUUCACUAUCCUAAUGAGAUUCACAGUUGACCAAACACAGACUCCCAACUUAAAGGUGAAGGUGGCCAUUUUGAAGUACAUAGAAACACUGACCCUACAAAUGGAGCCACAGGAUUUUGUCAACUCGAGCGAAACCAGACUGGCAGUGUCGCGAAUCAUUACGUGGACGACCGAACCCAAGAGCUCUGACGUCAGAAAGGCAGCGCAGUCAGUGUUGAUCUCACUAUUCCAGCUGAACACACCAGAGUUUACAAUGCUUCUAGCUGCACUGCCUAAAACCUUUCAAGAUGGAGCCACCAAAUUGUUGCAGAACCACCUACGUAACACUGGGAACGCAGCCCAGGCUCCAAUGGGAAGCCCACUCACCCGACACACUCCAAGAUCACCAGCCAGUUGGUCGAGCCCUUUAACCUCCCCUACCAACACAUCACAAAACACACCUUCACCAAGUGCAUUUGAUUAUGAUACUGAGAACAUGAACUCUGAGGAGAUCUACAGCUCCCUGAGAGGAGUCAGUCAGGCCAUCCAGAACUUAAGUGUCCGCAGCCAGGAAGACAUGACUGAGCCACCGCGAAAAAGAGAUGGAGAUGGUGGAGAAGAGGGUGGUGAUCAACCCACAGACUCUGGUCGGACGGCGCUGGAUAACAAGACCUCUCUGCUAAAUACUAUGCCGCUCCUCUCCUCGAGUCCCCGCCCAGCAAGGGAAUACCAGCCAGGCAGUUACUCUGACUCCUCCUUCAGCUCCUCCCCUUUUAAUAAAAGCCUGAAAGAUGCAGACCAAGAUGCAGAGUCCUUCACUGAUGACAGUGGUGUGGACCAGGCUGAGGUGGUUGCUGAGCUCCUAAAGGAGCUCUCGAAUCACAGCGAGCGGGUGGAAGAGAGGAAAGCUGCGCUAUGUGAGCUAAUGCGGCUGAUUAGAGAAACGCAGCUACAUGUUUGGGACGAGCACUUCAAAACCAUCCUCCUGCUACUCCUAGAAACACUUGGGGAUGGAGAGCAUGUCAUUCGAGCAUUAGCACUGCGGGUGUUGAAGGAGAUCCUAAACAGGCAGCCGUGGCGCUUUAAAAACUAUGCUGAACUCACCAUUAUGAAGACCCUGGAAGCACAUAAAGAUCCACACAAAGAGGUGGUACGGGCUGCAGAAGAAGCGGCGUCUGUGUUGGCGACCUCAAUAAGUCCCGAUCAGUGUAUUAAGGUGUUGUGCCCCAUCAUCCAGUCUGCAGAUUACCCCAUCAACCUGGCUGCCAUCAAGAUGCUCACCAAAGUCAUUGACCGGCUACCCAAAGAGGGUCUCAUUCAAAUGCUCCCUGAGAUCGUCCCUGGGCUCAUUCAGGGUUAUGAUAACUCUGAGAGCAGUGUACGAAAGGCGUGUGUAUUUUGCCUUGUGGCCAUCUAUGCUGUCAUUGGAGAGGAUCUGAAACCUCACCUCAGCCAGCUGUCUGGCAGCAAGCUGAAACUGUUGAAUUUGUACAUAAAGCGAGCUCAGAGCGGCUCCAGCGGAAGCGACCAGUCUUCAGAUGUGGGAGGGCAGGGCCUGUAGCCGUGCUGUCACCAUUCAGAACUACAGGGGAACCCUUGCUGGAUUUUUAACUCACAUGCAUACACAAAUACCUACACGCUUGCCUACAAAUACACAAAGUCGCAUGCACCUACACUGCUGGACACCCUCCUCCAACCCCACACACCUUCCAGUGGGACAUGCAGCGAGGAGCAGCGUCGGACUGAAACUCUUCCUCCAAACUAGGAUCACCGUCACUCCGUGUGCAUGUCUGAGAAACCACUAUCUGUGGCACAGAUGGUGGACUGCUGAUGUAGUUUUGUUGCCUUGUCAAUGAGAUGAUCAUGUGUGCGAGUAUCUGUGUGUGUGUGUGUGUGUGUGUCAGACAGGGGGUGGGGGUGGAAACCCAGCAGAAAGAGGGGGAUGUUGUGGGUGUCAUUUUGUGCAACAUGGAAAUCAUUUCUUUUUAUCAAAGAGCUUUUGAGAAACUCAGAUUUUUAAGAUGAAGUUCAAAACUUCUUGGUCUGAGCGACGUGUCAUUAACGUUCCUAAUUGCUCACUAUCGAUUAUUAUUAAUGGUCAUAUCAGUUCAUAACAGUGAGCGGUUGGUCCAGCUUGCUCUAUUAUAAGGCAUUCUUUCUUGGCUUUAUGCAUGUCAUGAAUAAAACUGAACCUUUUUAUCUGGUUGCGUACAUGGCUUAAUGGGCCACGCGGCAGUCGUCCUGCACACCCAAGAUUCUCAUCGCAGUGAGGCCACAUGUGAUACCACACCACAUAGGCAAUAUGUAUCUAUAUAUAUAUAUACACCAUAAAGGAAUAUUCAAGAAGAUCUUGUGAUGUCCUGAGGGCGUGUGGAUUCUUUUAAGUAGCAUAGUGUCAACAUUCUCUGAUGGGAAAUUUGUAGAAAUGUAUUUACGCAUCCAAAUGCCGCAACUGUCUCGUCACUUCUUUCCUGUAGUGUCGGUCUUUCUCCCAACGUGAGGAAGUUCUCUUUCUUCCUGCUGCAUUUCUAGAACUGUGCUAAUGAUAAAAUUAAAAUAAAGAAAAUGUACAGUAAUGAA